CCAUUAUCCCCCCUUCAUUUCUUCUGCCCCUAUCGCACUUUGCUUCUCGUUUCUUUGCCUUUACAUCUUCGUAGAGGCUUAACGGAGGCGCCUUCCCUUUCUCUCCCUCAAUUUCUUCUCACAGGCUCACAGCAAUCUUAACUUCGGAAUAUUGUGAAUUUUGAAGACUUGUCAAGAUGGUGAAGUUUACAGCUGAAGAGCUUCGUAGGAUUAUGGACUACAAGCAUAACAUUCGUAAUAUGUCUGUUAUUGCUCAUGUCGAUCAUGGGAAGUCCACUCUUACAGAUUCUCUUGUGGCUGCUGCUGGUAUCAUUGCUCAAGAAGUUGCAGGUGAUGUUCGUAUGACAGACACUCGCCAAGAUGAGGCAGAGCGUGGUAUCACCAUUAAAUCUACUGGAAUCUCUCUCUAUUAUGAGAUGUCUGAUGAAUCCUUGAAAAGUUACAAGGGAGAGAGACAGGGAAAUGAGUAUCUUAUCAAUCUUAUUGAUUCACCUGGGCACGUUGACUUCUCAUCUGAGGUUACAGCUGCUUUACGUAUUACUGAUGGUGCCCUUGUUGUGGUGGAUUGCAUCGAAGGUGUUUGUGUCCAAACAGAGACUGUGCUCCGUCAGGCUUUGGGAGAAAGGAUUAGACCUGUCCUGACUGUUAACAAGAUGGACAGGUGCUUCCUUGAACUUCAAGUAGAUGGAGAAGAGGCUUAUCAAACAUUCCAGAGGGUCAUUGAGAAUGCCAAUGUGAUUAUGGCCACUUAUGAGGAUCCACUUCUUGGCGAUGUUCAAGUGUACCCCGAGAAAGGAACAGUUGCUUUCUCUGCUGGUUUGCACGGUUGGGCAUUUACCCUGACAAACUUUGCCAAGAUGUAUGCCUCCAAGUUUGGAGUAGAUGAGGCAAAGAUGAUGGAGAGACUUUGGGGUGAGAAUUUCUUUGAUCCUGCAACCAAGAAGUGGACCAGCAAGAAUACUGGCUCACCAACUUGCAAGCGUGGGUUUGUCCAGUUCUGCUACGAACCUAUCAAGCAGAUCAUUGCAACUUGCAUGAACGAUCAGAAAGACAAGCUAUGGCCCAUGUUGCAGAAGCUUGGUGUUGUCAUGAAGUCUGAUGAGAAGGAUCUGAUGGGCAAACCAUUGAUGAAGCGGGUCAUGCAAACAUGGCUACCAGCAAGUACUGCUCUCUUGGAAAUGAUGAUCUUUCAUCUUCCAUCCCCUGCCAAGGCCCAAAAGUAUCGUGUGGAGAAUUUGUACGAGGGUCCACUAGAUGAUGCUUAUGCUAGUGCCAUUAGAAAUUGUGAUCCUGAAGGACCUCUUAUGCUUUAUGUAUCGAAGAUGAUUCCUGCAUCUGACAAGGGCAGGUUCUUUGCCUUUGGACGUGUGUUCUCUGGGAAAGUUUCAACUGGUUUGAAAGUUAGAAUCAUGGGCCCCAACUAUGUUCCUGGUGAGAAAAAAGAUUUGUAUGUUAAGAGCGUCCAGAGAACUGUCAUUUGGAUGGGAAAGAAGCAAGAAACAGUAGAGGAUGUGCCUUGUGGGAACACUGUUGCCAUGGUUGGGUUGGAUCAAUUUAUCACUAAGAAUGCCACUCUGACUAAUGAAAAGGAAGUUGAUGCUCAUCCAAUUCGAGCCAUGAAGUUUUCUGUAUCUCCUGUCGUGCGCGUUGCCGUUCAGUGCAAGGUAGCCUCUGAUCUUCCCAAGCUUGUGGAAGGACUUAAACGUCUGGCCAAGUCAGACCCUAUGGUUGUGUGUACCAUGGAGGAAUCUGGUGAGCACAUUGUUGCUGGUGCUGGAGAACUACAUCUUGAGAUCUGUUUGAAGGAUUUGCAAGAGGAUUUCAUGGGUGGAGCUGAGAUCAUAAAAUCUGAUCCUGUUGUCUCUUUUCGUGAAACCGUACUUGAGAGGUCUUGUCGCACAGUGAUGAGCAAAUCCCCUAACAAACACAAUCGACUGUACAUGGAAGCACGACCCAUGGAGGAUGGACUGGCAGAGGCUAUUGAUGAUGGCCGCAUUGGACCACGAGAUGAUCCUAAAGUUAGGUCUAAAAUUUUGUCAGAGGAGUUUGGUUGGGACAAAGAUCUUGCUAAGAAGAUUUGGUGCUUUGGUCCUGAGACUACUGGCCCUAACAUGGUGGUCGAUAUGUGUAAGGGAGUUCAAUACUUGAAUGAAAUCAAGGAUUCCGUCGUUGCUGGUUUCCAGUGGGCGUCGAAAGAAGGUGCAUUGGCGGAAGAGAACAUGAGAGGCAUCUGUUUUGAAGUUUGUGAUGUGGUGCUUCACGCUGAUGCCAUCCACAGAGGAGGUGGUCAAGUCAUUCCUACUGCUAGAAGGGUAAUCUACGCUUCUCAGCUGACUGCCAAACCAAGACUUCUUGAGCCAGUGUACCUAGUGGAGAUUCAGGCUCCCGAGCAAGCUCUUGGUGGUAUCUACAGUGUUCUUAACCAAAAGCGUGGGCACGUCUUUGAGGAAAUGCAGAGGCCUGGCACACCUCUUUACAACAUCAAGGCAUAUCUCCCCGUCAUCGAAUCAUUUGGAUUCUCGAGCACUUUGAGAGCUGCAACUUCUGGACAGGCAUUCCCACAGUGUGUGUUUGACCAUUGGGAAAUGAUGUCUUCAGAUCCAUUAGAAAGUGGGUCUCAAGCUGCGCAGUUGGUUGCUGAUAUCAGGAAGAGGAAGGGAUUGAAGGAGCAGAUGACUCCAUUGUCUGAGUUCGAAGACAAGCUAUAAAGCAGUCAUUUUGUUGAAUUUUCAUGCACCACACAACCUUGUGAAUUCUGAAGCGAAGAGGUUCUAAUUAGUUUCAUAUUUUUAUCCUAUCAUAUAGGAAGAAAAGCCUAUCUUUUUGGAAAAAGUUUUUUUUUUUUUUCAAUUUUCAACUGUUAUUUUUAUUUUCGUUUUGAGUUUGUAUGGACAACCAAGAUAUAUUCCUGUUGAAAUAUGUUAUGUGGGUCAAAUGUUCUGAACUUGUUAUUGGUCUUAAAAAUUAUCAUGUUUUUAAGAUCAUCUUUAAGUAAUCACAUUGAAAUUAGAAUAAACUUUUACAUUUUUGUGUUGAUUACCAAAAA